CCCCACAGCCAGGUUGUUCACCCUCCGCCAUCAUCCCAAGCCUGGCCCCGCUUGGCACGCAUUGUGAAAUAGAGGGCGAGCCAGAAGAGAGAACAUAAACAGAGAGACACUUUUAGACGGAGCGCACGCAACCCCACACUACCAGAAACAAGCGAGCUAUCGCCGAGGGACGCGUUUUCAGAGAUGAGCAAGCAAAAUCCAAACGACCCGGGGCAGUACCCCGAAAAAAGCAACUACCCCGAUUCCCCUCCCGCUUACCAAGAUCCAGGGGUGGUUGGGUAUCAGACGGGUUACCCUGGGCCUCAGCAGUACGUCGCCUAUCCCCCUGGACAGGGACCCUACCCGCCCGGACAGGGACCCUACCCGCCCGGACAGGGACCCUACCCCCCCGGACAGGGACCCUACCCCCCCGGACAGGGGCCGGCAGUCACUGUGCAGCCUGCAAUCUACUUGCAAAGGGCCCCCCUACAGCACCCCAUGCCUGACUAUUUGGGGUACUCUAUUUUCACCAUGCUGUGCUGCUGCCUUCCACUGGGGAUCGCCGCUCUGAUCUACUCCAUCUCGACCCGAGAUGCCAAUAAUAUGGGAAAUGAAGAACUGGCCAAAAAGAACUCCAGACUCGCCCGGAACCUGAACCACGCCGGCUUGGGCAUCGGCAUUGCCAUCCUUAUCCUGUGGGUCGCUUACGUGGCAUUCACCGCGUCCAGGCACUGAAACUGCCGGAUAAUCGCCUUUACGGAAACCACCUGUGCACUUGCUAAAUUAAUGGAUCGCCACUGUUAUUAUCCUUCUUAUUGUAAUUAUAAAUAUGUAACUUGCACCCACGACGCUUUGGUAUUACAAAUAUGUGAGAACAUUUAAAACUACAGACAGCCAAUAAAAGCCUUACAGUAAAUAACACAGUACCUAAUAAGCAUCGCUUGCAUUUUCCAUUGUAAAAGACGCGACGGCAUUUUUCUUUAUCUUAAUUUUUUAUUAUCAAUUGGUAUGUUUUAUU